AUGGCCGCUCCUGUCUCCUCAGCUCAGGGUCUCGUCGUUCGUCGACUUGGCCGGGUUCUACUUCUCGGCCUCGAUCACUCCCUGGGAUCGGGCUCUACAUCGGGGAACCGAAUCGGCAUGGCCUUGUUGCAACAGUUAUCGGGUAUUGUACGCGAUGAGCUUGGCCCAGCGGGGACGAUCAUGGGCGCUGGAGUGCUUCACUCAGUCCCCAGGAGUGGAGGCGAUUUCUGCUUAGGUACCGAAAUCGUCAACCAGUCCGCAGUUGGCGGAGCUACGACUCGUUCGGAUCUACUUUGGAAGGUUGAGCACAAAGUUGGGCCAAGGAUUUCAUCGUUUCAGGUGGGCUCCACGAAGCCAUUGAUUGCUGCGAUAUCUGGUCGGGCCAUAGGGAUUGGUCUGCAAUUAGCCAUGCUAUGCGAUGUCCGAAUUGCUGAGGAGGAUUCAUUGUUUGGCCUGGGCUCCUCUAAAGAAGCCGCUGCGCUUCAUUCCCUCCUUGGGCCUGACUUGGCUUAUCAGCUUAUGAGCCAGCUUGCUAAAAUGAUUGGACCUUCUCUUGCUCUAGAUCUGCUUCUUAGUGGACGCCAAAUCAAGGCUACAGAUGCUCUAAAUCUUGGACUCAUUUCUCAAGUCGUCAAGACAGGAACAGGUUGCUUUUGCAAGUCGCAUUGGCGUGUCCGAUUGGUCUUUUCUGAUAUUGGCGCUAGUGCAACUACCUCGUUUGUGGCUACUGUUCGUGUUAGAAUGUUGGGGGAUUCUUAG